AUGAUGUUUGAACCUCAUUUCAUAUCUAUAGAUACAACCAAAAAAGCUUAUGAUGAAGAUCCUUUUGUGUUGGCAAAUCAAGCAAAACAAGUUUUCUAUAUAAAUGAUCCCACACGUGACUCGGGAUGGAAAAUCAUUGAAAGAAGCACACAUAGGCAUUUAUGGGAUCUUCCAGAUAAUGAGGAUGUACAAGAUAUGUUCAAACAUGUAGGAACAUCGUCAGACACAUCCCCCUUUCAAGCAUCAGAUUGUGAAAAUUUCGAGUUUCAUGUAGAAGAUGGUGAAGAAGAGUUUGUGGAAAUUGUUGAUGUUGAUGCUUUUGAAGACGAUUUAGAUGAUUUUAUUGAUUAUGAUACUAUCCCUAAAGAAAUUAAUGAGGAAUUACUUGAAGAUUUAGAAGUCACAUCAAUAGGUGAAGGAAGUGAAGGUGAACUCAAUCCAAAAUUGUGUAUGCUUCGUCGACGUAAACGAGUUAUGGCAUCCGUUGAUGCAACAGGUAUAGAUUAUAUGUUUUUACUGUUUACUAAAACGAGUUCAAACACAGAGGCGGAGGCGAGGCCUUAUAUUAAUAAGAAGACUUCACAGAUUUUGGAAAAUCAACCUGAUGCUUGCAUUACAUUGAUAAGAGAUACCUACACAAAGAAAUUCAUUGGGGAUUCAACAAUAUCUUUUGCAACGGAGGCUGGAAUUGUGAUGCGGAGCUUUUGUCAAAUGGAAUUCCAUACAUGGGAGAAAGUAGCAAAAGAAAAUAAAGAAGAAAUGAUUAACAAAUUAUGUGAAAAAUCUAAAUUACCGCAAGAAGAUAAAGUUCAGAUGGAUUAUGUAGAUGAACAAAUGCGGAGGCAAUGGAAAUGCACACGAAAUAUUUUCAAAGAUUAUUGGAAGAAAAAUGGAGGAAUGACAGAUCCACAAUUAGCAAGAUCUAAAAUGAAGCCAGAUUGUCGUAGCGAAGAAGAUUGGGGUUAUUUGUGUGAUUAUUGGGAAUCGGAUAAAGCGAAGGAAACUAUUCUCCAACUCAAGGAGGAAGAAUACGCCAAAUUAGUUUCGGCGGGAACAAGCAUUACUCAAGAAAUGGAAUACGGCAUAGAGAAAAAAAGUCAUUAA